UCCAAAGACACUACGUACACUAGACACAGUUGUGGCUGUGCGGCGCUGCGCUUGAGCUCGUCACCUCCAGCGCCACGAAUGGCGACGACGGAGGCGGCCAUGGAAGGCCGGAAGAAGACGAGCAUGAAGAAGGGUGGCCUGAGAACAAUGCCCUUCAUCUUUGGCAACGAGGUGGCGGAGAAGCUCGCCGUGGUGGGCUUCUCGACCAACAUGCUGACGUACCUAACGCAGCAGCUGCACAUGCCGCUCGCCAAGGCCGCCACCACGCUCACCAACUUCGGCGGCACCUCCGCCGCGACGCCCCUCAUCGGGGCCUUCAUCGCCGACGUUUGCGUCGGCCGCUUCUGGACCAUCGCCGCCGCCUCCAUCGUGUACCAAGUCGGCAUGGCGCUCCUGACGGUGUCGGCAGCGCUGCCGCAGUUCCGACCGCCGCCGUGCAAGCCCGGCGGCGCGGUGACCUGCCAGGAAGCGGCGCAGUGGCAGUUGGCGGUGCUGUACGUCGCCCUGCUCCUGAACGCGGUGGGCGCCGGAGGGUACCGCCCCUGCAUCGUGGCGUUCGGCGCGGACCAGUUCGACGAGUCGCAAGCGGCGGAGCGCGCGCGGUCGUGGGGGUUCUUCAACUGGUACUACUUCUGCAACGGCACGUCCAUGCUAGUAGCCGUCACGGCGGUGGUGUACGUGCAGGACAACGUCGGCUGGGGCUGGGGCCUCGGCGUGCCGGCCUUCUGCAUGGGCGUCUCCGUCGCGGCCUUCGUCGCCGGGUACCCGAUGUACCGGAGGCUCGAGCCGGCGGGCAGCCCGUUCACGCGGCUCGCGCAGGUGGUCGUCGCCGCCGUCAGGAAGCGGCGCGUGCCGGCGGCCGACGCCGACCCUGGGAGGCUGUACGAGAACGACGAGCUGGACGCGCCCAUCUCGAUGUACGGCAAGCUCCUGCACACGGACCAGCUCAGCUUCUUGGACCGCGCGGCGGUCGUCACCGACGGGGAUCUGGUCACGACGACGGACGCCUCCUCCGGCAAGCCUUCGCCGCGCCCCACCCCUAACCCGUGGCGUCUGAGCACGGUGCACCGCGUGGAGGAGCUCAAGUCGGUGAUCCGCAUGGGCCCCAUCUGGGCGGCGGGCAUCCUGGUGAUCACGGCGUCGUCGACGCAGCACACCUUCUCCCUGCAGCAGGCGACCACUAUGGACCGCCGCCUCGUGCCGGGCAGCUCCUCGUUCCAGAUCCCCGCGGGUUCCAUGACCGUCUUCGCGCUGCUCGCCAUGCUCGCCACGCUCUUCGCCUACGACCGCGCGCUCGUCCCGCUCGCGCGCCGCGCCACGGGGCUUGACCGCGGCAUCUCGUUCCUCCACCGCAUGGGCAUCGGCUUCGCCGUCUCCGUGGCCGCCACCCUCGUGGCAGGCUUAGUCGAGCGGCACCGCAGGGAGGCCGCCGCCGCCGCGGGGACCACGGACGCCGGCACGGCGCCACUGUCCGCGUACUGGCUGGUGCCGCAGUACGCGCUGCACGGGAUUGCCGAGGCGUUCACCUCCGUGGGGCACCUCGAGUUCAUGUACGACCAGGCGCCCGAGAGCAUGCGCAGCACGGCGACAGCGCUGUUCUGGCUGUCCAUCUCGCUGGGGAGCUACGUGAGCACGAUGCUCGUGGACGCCGUGCACCGGUGGAGCGCCGGACCCGACGGUUCCAACUGGCUGCCGGACAACAUCAACCGCGGCAGGCUGGACUACUACUACUGGGUCGUGACGCUGCUGCAGUUCCUGAACCUGGUGUACUACCUGAUUUGCGCCAAGCGAUACAGGUUCAAGCCCGUGCAGCUCCACAAGAAAGAGGAGGAAGAAGGCGGCAACUCAAUGGUGGAGCUGCAAGAAAAGGUUUGAGUAGCACGGCACUAUACCAAUGGAGGAACAGGUCUAGCUACAAAGCAGGUAUUAGGUAAAUGUCUGAACCUUGAUUGAGGUUAGUGCAUAUAUGUUUGGCAGCAAAGCAUGUGUAUGCAUGUAAAUCAGAGGGACAACAAACAGAGAGAUUGUUCAGGUAAGCUGUCUUGGAAAGUUCUCAAUGGACGAGGAAGGCAGCAUUGCACCUAUGUGCAGGUACAGUUCUAGCUACUACAAUUAUUAGGUAGAUGUCUGAAAUUCCAGGUUAAUGCAUAUGUAUGUCGGCAUCUGUAUGUAGAUCAGUGACAAACAGAGAGAUUGUUCAGGCAAGCAAUCUCUGAAAGUUCUCAAAUACACAUUCUGUCAAUGCCAGUAACUAUUUGAUGCUC